UCUCUCUUUGCAUGGCACCUGUGUCUGUGACAGGGCAGGAGAGCUCCAAAGGAUGAACUCCCUGGUCAGCACCUCCCACCUCCAGCUUGCUGCCUUUGCUCUGGGCACCAUAGGCUGGAUCCUGUGCACGGUCUCAAUGGGAAUUGUGGAAUGGAGAGUGUGGCAUGUGGACAACACCACUGUCAUCUCCUCUGGCAUUGCCUGGGUGGGGAUUUGGAAAGUCUGCUUCAUCAGUUACCUUUAUGUCUCACCUGGCUACAGAGAACAAUUUUGCCAUAAAUUCAGUGGCUAUGACUCCUUCAUCCCCCAUGAAAUUUACGCUGCUCAGGGUCUCCUGUUGACUGCCAUGUUCAUGGGCUUGCUGGGACUGGCUGCUACAAUAUUUGCUCUGAGAAAUGUCUAUAUGGGAGUCACUCACAAACCUCUCAUUGCCCCGUUCUUCCUGGUGGGGGGCUUCUUCUACAUAUCUGCUGGUCUGUGUGUCCUGAUUCCCGUGAGCUGGAAUUUCUAUUCUGUAACUCACAACCAGAGCAUAGCUUUUCCUCCUUCUUACUACAUGCCCUCCAGUCCAGCAGCACAGGAAGCUGGUGCUGCCAUUCCUGUUGGAAUUGUUGCUGUCAUCCUCCUGCUGCUAAGUGGGACAUUUUCUCUCUCAUACAGAUUUCCCAUGACUGCAAACACUAUCAUGAAAUCCUGACAGGACAAAUCCCCCCCAUGCUAUUUCAGAACAAGAGCAUAGUUAAGAGAUAAGGACAGCAGCAGGAGUGGUUGUAAAGUUAAGG